GUUCAUGUGUUCAUGGCCUUUUAAGGCCAGAGCUGAAAAUAGGCUGGCAUGAGAAGGAGGAGCUUUCCCUUGAGUUCUCGUUCUCCAGGAUUGGAUCCAGCAUUCAUUGGAGGUGCUCCCAAAGAAAUCACUCUCACACCACCUUUGAGUCCCCGUGGUCUGCACUCCUCAAUCCACGGGAAAUCGUUUGAAGUCUAAGUUGGAGCCUUCAUAGUCUGAACCAUGGACGCCAUUAAGAAGAAGAUGCAAAGUCUCAAGUCCGAGACCGAGAACUCCUUGGCCAGGGCCGAGCAAUUGGAUUCCGAGGCACAAGAAGCCAACCGAAGAGCAGAAAGAACUGAAGAACAUGUGCGAGAUCUCCAGAAGAAGAUGCAGCAUGUGGAGAAUGAUUUGGACACCACCUUGGAGAAGCUCACGACAACCACAAAUAAGCUGGACGAGAAAGAUAAGUCAUUCCAGUUGGCUGAAGGCGAGAUCCAAGCCUUGAAGCGGAAGUUGGUUCUCUUGGAGGACGAGCUUGAUCGCAGUGAGAAGAAACUCACCCUCACCACCACUGAGCUCAACGACGCCUCCAACCGAGCUGAUGAGAUCAACCGCGCCAUCAAGACUUUGGAAACCAAGAAUAUGAUUGACGAAGGCCGCAUUGACAUCCUUGAGAAUCAGGUGAAAGAAGCGAAACAAAUGGUGGAAGAAAGUGACAUUAAGUACGACGAAGUGGCUCGUAAGCUGGCCAUGGUAGAGGGUGACCUUCAGCGUGCUGAAGAGCGUGCUAGUACGGGUGAGAACAAGAUUGUUGACUUGGAAGAGGAACUUCGCAUGAUUGGUGAGAGUCUGAAGGCUUUGGAGGUGGCUGAGGAGAAGGCCCAGCAACGCGAGGAGGAAUACAAGAAGCAAAUGCGAACCCUCGCGGAAAGGCUGAAGAGCGCAGAAUCAAGGGCCGAAUAUGGCGAGAAAACGGUGCAAAAAUUGAACCUUCGCAUUGAUAACAUCAUGAAUGAUCUAGUGCAAGAGAAGACCAAGACUCAAAACGUCAAUGAUGAGGUUGACCAAACCUUUGACUUAUUCAUCAACCAAUAAAGCGGAAAAAUACUUUAAAUGCGAGGGUCUGACCCUUUUCUGGUUUGGCAACAGCACUGCAACUAUCACACCGCGACAAGGAGCCUCUUUUUCUUUGGGAAAAAAGAAGUCUCUGGCAAAGAAUGUCCCUUUACAACUAGUAUUAUUUCUGGCGUUUUUGUUGAUCAUCUUGUCCCGUUCAAGUACGGGUCGAAUGAUUUCCAUAUUUUGCGAAUAUAACCUUCAUCGAGAGCGAUAAGAUCGAUGUUUAUUCCGUGUGAACCUAAAAAUCAAUGUGAAGUGAGCGAUAGAUCUGAUAAAAGAAUAAUACAUUCAUUGUUUUCUAUCA